AUGGGAACAUCAAAAGCCCGCGCCUCUACGAAGGCACAGAAGGCAACCCCAGAUGUACCUACACGACAUAUUCCCCAGAAAACCUUCGUUCUCGACAAUGGCGCAUACACCAUGAAAGCGGGCUACGCCGCAGCUUCCAGCCUUUCGUCUGAAGACGCCUUAGCGACCUGCACCUCGAUCCCUAAUACGAUAGUCAAAACUCGCGAUAAUCGAACCGUGAUUGGUGCUCAGAUUUCUACGCAAAUUACCGAUUGGAACGAGACCGUGUUUCGUCGCCCAGUGGAGAAGGGAUACAUUGUCAAUUGGGAAGCGGAGAGAGAAAUCUGGGAACAAUCUUUCUUUGAAGAAAAAGCUACUGCGCGGAAUAAGAAUCUUCGGAUUGCCUCGCCAGAAGACACCACUCUUAUUUUGACCGAAGCGCCGAAUGCUAUGCCGAUAUUACAACGUAACGCUGAUGAGAUGGUGAUGGAGGAAUGGGGAUUCGGAGGAUAUGCGAGGUGCCUUGCCCCAACAUUAAAUGCCUGGAAUGAACUUCAAUCUACGUUCGGUGACCCUCUUACCAGCACCGAGGCCAAUAUUAUGCCAAUGGACUGCCUACUUGUCGUGGACUCCGGCUACUCACACACAACCAUAACGCCGGUCUACAAGGGGCGACCCCUGCAACGUGCGAUCCGACGUCUCGAUAUCGGGGGCAAGUUCCUUACGAAUUAUCUCAAAGAAGUCGUAUCAAUGCGACAGUAUAACAUGGUGGAUGAAUCAUACAUUAUGAACGAAGUGAAAGAAGCCGUUUCAUUCGUGAGCAACGACUUCAAAACAGACAUGGAACGUACUUGGAAAGCCAACAAGAAGCGACAAAUGGAAGAAGGCGUUGUAGUGGAUUUUGUCCUACCAGAUCCAAAUGCUGGAAGGAAGGGCUUUGUGCGCCCGCACGAUCCGCUUCUACACGCGAAAAAGAAAAAGGGCGCAUCUUCAGGUCUCAGUUCCGAGGUCUUAUCUGAGGACGUGCUAGUCCUGGGCAAUGAGCGUUUUGCUAUUCCAGAGCUUCUAUUCAACCCAGGCGAUCUUGGGAUGACUUCGGCUGGUAUACCUGACAUGAUUAUACAGAGCUUGUCUGUUCUUCCUCCUGCUUUGCACGCUGCCUUCUUGGCUAAUGUGCUUGUUGUUGGUGGCAAUGCUCUUAUUCCGGGCUUUAUGGAAAGACUGUCUGUGCCUAUCUGUCUCUGGACAAUGGAAACUGAACUUCGCCCAAUUGCGUCGGCCGACUGCGUUGUGAGGGUCAGACGUGCUCAAGACCCCAUCUGCUCAACAUGGCUAGGAGGUUCUCGCCUUGCUAGUAAUCGGGCAGAAUUAGGUAAAGUUGCAAUCACUCGCCAGGAAUACCAAGAAUACGGGUCCGGAUGGGCCGGUCGACGAUUUGCUGGCGCUGUAUAG